AUGGCACCUCCAAUCCAUGUCAAAGAGCCACAGACCCGACCGGAAUCAUGUCGUCUGAAUAUUAUCAUCAUCGGCGCUGGACUGGCCGGUUUGGGCACCGCGAUCGGCUGCGCUCUAGCCGGACACAAAGUACAGCUUCUCGAAGCGACCUCCUCGAUCCGAGAAGUUGGAGCUGGCAUCCAAGUUCUGCCGAACAGCUCUCGAGUGCUCACGCAUUUUGGGUUGCUGCCGCGCCUGACCCCGCAUAUGACCUUCCCCCGCGUCUGUAACUUCUUAGGAUGGAAAGGCGAUCUGAUCAGUAGCCUCGACUUCCACGCCUCCGAAUCCCAGUAUCCCGGGACGUGGUAUCGCGAUUUCCAUCGGGCGGAUCUGCAGCGGUGUUUACUGGAGAGGGCGGAGGAACUCGGGGUUGAGGUUACGUGCGGGGCGAGGGUGGUAGAUGUCGUCCCGGAGAAAGACGGGCCAAACACUGCCACUGCCGUCGCUCCAGAUGGUCGGGAAUGGGUGGGUGACUUGGUGGUCAGCGCGGACGGAGUGUUCGGGACUCUGAGCGAGAAGAUGCUGCAGCGCGAUGACCCCCCUGUGAAGACCGGGGAUCUGGCGUAUCGCUUGCUGUUGGAUACGGAGAAGAUGCUGCAAGAUGACGAGCUGCGGGAGUUUGUUGUCGAUCCUCAGGUGAAUUAUUGGUUGGGGCCGGGGAAGCAUGCUGUCAACUAUGUUCUCCGUCAAGGCGAGCUGUUCAAUAUGGUUCUACUCGUGCCAGAUGAUAUCCCCGAAGAAUCACUGGCUACCACGGUCGAGGGAAACGUGGAGGAAAUGUGCGGCCUAUUUGAGGGCUGGGACCAGAGGAUUCAAAAACUCCUAAAAUUGUGCCAGUCUGUCCAGAAAUGGCGACUGUGUAUCCGCUUCGGAGACUGUGACUGGACGCAUCCCUCAGGGUCGUGGCUGAUGCUUGGCGAUGCGGUGCAUGCCACCCUACCAUAUUUAGCAUCGGGGGCUGGAAUGGCUUUUGAGGAUGCUGCUGUGCUGGGCGAGUGCCUGUCGCGUCUACCGUCCGAUCCUUCUAUCGACAAAUCCUCUCCGGCGUUACCGAAAGCGAAACGCCAUGCUCUGGCGGUGUUUGAAAAAUGCCGCAAGCAGAGGACGAAGAUGGUAGUGGAGCGAGGAAAUGUGCAGCAGUAUUUGUAUCACUUGGAGGAUGGCCCCGAGCAAGAGGAACGCGACAGGAAGAUGCGGAUGGUGCCCACGCCGGCAGGAGAGGCUCUGGCCUGGAGAGAUCCAGGAUUGGCGCCAAAGCUGUUGGGCUAUGACCAUAUUGCGGAUGUGAGUUAUCAUUGGGUUAGUAGGAUGAGAACAUGA